UCUCACUCUUCGUGAACGUAUGAACCGUUUCAGUAGUGCAUUCUCUUAAAGGACGACGCGUUCACCGCACAGAUACAAUAAUAUUCGAUAUUAAUAGACAAUUUUUUAUUCGGGCGUUGCGAAUCAGGAAUUAAACAAUGCGGCUGUUCAUUGCAUUAUUACCUCUCCUCAUAUGCGGAGACUUGUUGAUAGGCCAGACGAACGCCAGGCGGGUGCGAGUGGAACGUCCCGAGGACGAGGAAGAGCAGGAAACCGUCAGUUACUACGCAGCUGAGCCUCAGGAAGACCGAGGACAAGUUGUCCUGGUAUCGUCAGCAGACAGAUAUAACGGUUUGUACGGGCAACCUGCGGCUUCCUCUAGGAACAUAGAGACCAACUACAUACCGAGAGGUGCUCAAAGAGCGAACGAAGGAAGAACUAAAGAAGUGAAGGCGCCGCCGGUGCAAACUAUAAGGAAUUACAACAAAGUGAACGAUGACGGUUCGUUUACGUUCGGAUACGAAGCCGCUGAUGGUAGCUUUAAAGAAGAAACGAGAGGCACCGACUGCGUGGUUAGAGGAAAAUACGGCUACAUCGACCCCGACGGCAACAAGAGAGAAUUCACCUACGUGUCGGGCAACCCGUGCGAUCCCAACGCCCCCAAGGACCAAGACGACGAAGCCGAGAACGAGACCGACAACGAAAACGUCCCGGCCAAUUACCCCACUCGCCCCAUCCAGCUCCUCCGAAGACCCGCCGCGGCGGCGGCGCCCAAACCGGCGGUCACCCUCUUCCAGAACAACUACGCCCAGGAAGAGGAGGAACCCGAGCCCGAGCAACUCCUCAGACCUACUCCCCAACCCGUUCGUCGUCCGACUUACAUAUCCCGUCCGCAGCACAUCCAGCACGCUGCUUCCAAUGCUGAUGUUCGCCCCAGUUACAGGCAACCCCAGGGCGUUCCCAGCACUACACCAGCUUCGGUAAUUUACAGGACCAGUUCCCAUCCGAUUACGAUCACGCCGAGACCGGUAACGCAAGCUGUAACGCCCAGGCACCAGCUACCGGCCACCACGUACAGACCUCAGCUGCUCCAGGUGACCGUCACCCCCAGGCCUAACUCGUUGCUCUACACCAAACAGCUUCAGUCCACGUUACAACCGAACGCCGAGAAACCGGACUUCGAAAGCGAGUUCCACAAGUUCCAGCAGGAGAACAACAUAGUGUCGCCGACUCCCACGGCUUUCACGGUGAAACCGACGACGCCCAAGGCGCCCAAAGCGCAAGGCAAUCCGGGCCAGAUCUACUCCACUGCUUUGGUUUACGAUCCUUCCACCGGGCAGUACAACAACCAGGUGUACCAGGCCCUGCCGCAGUCCGACGGGGACUUUUAUCUGAAGCAGAGAAUACAGCCGUACGUGCAAUCGCCUCGCCCGCAGGUGUUGAACAUCCAGCAGCUGCAGCAGCAGAGCCCGCUCUACUCGCAGAGCCUUCGGCCGCAGCCCAGCGCCCAGGCGGCAUAUCAAGCCCAGCAGUCGGAAUUGCAGUUCCAAAAUUCGGCACAAUUGUACGCGCAACAGCAGCAAGUGAGAGCCCAGCAGCAGAACGACCAGCGACUUCAGGCUAGACCGCAGCCGCAGCCUCAAUCUCAGGCUCAGCAGCAGGUUUACUACCUCCAGCCCCAGCACCAGCAGGGAGCUGUAGGCGCCAGUCAGAUCGAAGCUUUCCUCAGAGGGCACAACAUCCAAUUUUAAAGGUCGCUGUGAGUGAAUAGAGCAGUGGAUAAUUUGGACGAUAGUCUCAACAGAACAACGAAAUAGGAAACUGUAACUAUAAAAGCGACUUAAUAAUACAUAAUAUAAUACUUCGAAUACUGUAAUUUAAUUGGAUUUUGCAAUAAAUUGUAAAUAUUAGUGAAUUAAGAUAAGUUAGAUAUUCAUCAAUGUUCGUUAUUCUUAAACAGAAGAAAAUUUUAUGUCAUUUUCGUAAUUUUCUAGUUUUUCUUAAUGUAAGUACAUGACAAUAAUAACUUCCUUCAUAACUCAAUUAUGAGAUGUGAUCGAAUGUUGAGCGGAGUAAAUUUUUGGAAAUUAAUUUGAAAUUAUUUUUUUUGUACAUUUCCUAUUGAUUAAUUUGAAAAUAUUCAUUGAACUAAUCAUAUAUUUGAUGAAUAUCUGCACUUAUGAACAACAGCAAUACGUUGUUUUAAAGUCGUAAAUACUAUUGUGAAAUUAGGCAAUUAAAUGUAUUGCUCAUUUUUAGACGACCCUUUAUAUUUUUCUAAAUAAAUAAUAAAAGUAAAACUGUCUUAAUUAGUAGAUAUUUAAAAUUAAUAACGUAUUUAUUACACAUGGUAAGCGGAAAUAAAUUUAGGUUGUAGGUGUCAUCUUCUCGCCUAUUGUGCCUAUGAAACUUGUUUCAACCAAAAUGUUAUGUACAUGUAGAUAAAUAAUUAAGUUGUUAGGUACAUUAUAUUUUAAGGAUUUAAGGCGUUUACGGUUUAAAUUUGUCAGCUUUCGUGUUAAUAUGUAUAAGAAAUUUUUUGUUAUAAUAAAAGUAUUUAUGAAAG